CUUUGACUAUCCCGACAAGUAAAAAAACCUUAAGAUUGAUCAGAGAAGGAUCUCAAUCGACUCUUUGAUUUCGUAAGAUCGCUUCUCUGACCAUUCUUCUUCCUCACAACACUACUCAUAAAUUUCGCAUUUGCUUCUCUAACCAAUUCCUUAGAGAACAAAUUCAUAUGGCUUCAUCAUAUAUAGUUCAAACUUCAAAGCGUUAUCAUCGUCUUCGUCUUCUACCCUAAUAAUGCCUCAGUGAAUAAAAAGUCUGACUCUUUCAGCUUCGUUUCGUGAUCUCUCUCAUGGCGAUCCCUUCAUACCUUUCCCCAAAUUUACCUUUUCACCCUUCGACUAAACUCGUCCCGAGUCGACUCACCUUUUCUUCCUCCUCCUCCUCCUCCUCUGUUUGUUGUCUCUCAGUAGACCGCCAAAUUAACCACUCCUCGGUUUCCAACGAAAUCUCCGGUUUACGAGUUGUCAUAUCCGCCGGAGGCACAGCCGGACACGUCUCUUCGGCGCUAGCGAUCGGAGACGAGCUUAAAUCCGCCGACCCGCAAUCUCAAAUCCUCUUCAUCGGAUUCCCAAACAGCAUGGAGAGCACGACGGUCCCCUCCGCCGGAUUCGAUUUCUCAGCCAUCUCCACCGUCGGAUCAUCAUCGUCCCGACCAUUCCUCUGCUUCACCUCUUUCCUCAAAUUCCCUCUCCGCUUGAUUCAAUCAACCUUCGAAUCCUACAAAAUCCUCCGCGAGUUCAAACCCCAAAUCGUCGUCGGCACCGGAGGACACGCUUCUUUCCCGGUUUGCUUCGCCGCCGUGAUCUCGAGAACCAAAUUCGUAAUCCAAGAACAAGAUUCAAUCCCUGGAACCACUAAUUGGAUUCUGUCUUACUUUGCCGACACAAUCUUCGCUCCUUUCAACUGUACAGUCACGAACCUCCCCAAAAGAGUCGCAGCCAACUGUGUCGUAUACGGUAACCCUAUAAGACAAGCGCUUAGACGGUACUCGUCGAAAGGAGCGGCGCGUGUGAGCUUUUUCGGACAGUGGGCUGGAGCUGUGUCGGAUGCUAAAGUUGUGCUUUUGCUUGGUGGGUCUUUAGGAGCCAAUGCCAUUAACAUAGCUUUGCUUAACUGUUACUCGCAGUUGUUGUCUGAACAUGAGAACUGGUUCUUUGUUUGGCAAACUGGUGUUGAAGCUUUUGAUGAAAUGGAUAGUCUCGUUAGAAGCCAUCCUCGUCUCUUUCUAUCUCCGUUCUUGCGAUCGAUAGGUGUGGCUUAUGCGGCUGCAGAUUUGGUUAUCUCGAGAGCCGGUGCAAUGACUUGUUCAGAGAUCAUGGCUUUAGGAAAACCUUCUAUUUUGAUACCAUCACCACAUAGCGAUGAAGGGGAUCAAAUACGGCAUGCUUCUUUAAUGGCGGACAGUGUCGGAUCAAAGUUAAUAACAGAAGAGGAGCUAGAUUCAAUCACUCUUCGAGCUGCCAUUGAAGAUAUUCUAGGGAAUGAAGAACUGAUGACAGAAAUGAGCGAGCGUGCAUUCAAAUGUGCUAAACCGGACGCUGCAUCAGAUGUUGCUAAACACAUUAUUUCUAUUAUCAAUUCCAAAGAUAAGUAGGUCAAAAUAUUCUUCCGUAUAAAAAAGCGUUCGGCAAAUAGUUGCGGUGUAUUUUGGCCAUUUUCCCGUAUAAAACUCCCUCCUCCAUCUUAAAGAGUUUUGAUAUCAGUUUCCCACCGCUCAUAACCUGUCUCAAUUCUAACAACCCCCGAGUUAAAAAAACCCAAGUGUGAAGAAAAGUGAGUGUUACAGAUUACAGUAGGGAGGACAGUAGGGAGGACGAGGAACCUUUGGAGGACGAUUUGUCUGGUCCUCGUCCUCCACUUCGGCUGCAGGACCAUCCAGAACGGUGAUGGUGAGCCUCGUACCGCGCCGAUCUCCGAAGACGGGCGGGUUUUUUUUUUAUUGUAAGAGAACUGGCGCUAGGAGGAAGGGUUUUCUCCUUUGCGUCUCUUUUCUCCGCUUUUUUUUUGUCUUAUUAAUCGGUCAAAUCUCCAAAGCAUGUAAUGGCGAUUGAUCAAGAAUUUGCUUCAUUCGUAUUAUCCAAUUUAUUCAAUGGAAGUUUUCCAUUUAUACUUGAAAAUAACGAUUGUAGACGAAGUGUGAUGGAAAUUAAUCCAAACGACUUUCAGCGUAAUUUGGCGUA